UUCCUCGCCUGCAUUGCAACACCGGGGUGUGGCGGAGACUGCACAGAACUCUGUGGAGUUCCUGGAUUGUUGUAGUGUGAGACUACGCAGUACCUGGAAGCACCAUGUCUGCUGCUGAAUGGAAGAAAAGGUGUGAGGAUGAGUGGGGUCUGCAGGGCGCACCGAUGCCCGACAGCCUGGACUGGAAGUCCAUCUAUGAAGCGAAGCCGCUCGGGAAAAAUUUACUGAAGAACCCCUCCCCUCACGGACUGAGUAAGGACACCCCUCCUCCUGAACCUGACCUGCUUGAAGAGCCAGAUCAUGGACCUCCACGUUUUCAACCUGAUGGUGACUUCACUGGCUGGACCACAAGCACAGAAAUCCUCCCUUAUGAUACGAGUGGUAUCCCAGAGGGUGUUGUGGUCUGUCAUUUGCCUCAGUACAGCUGGUUCUCCAUGGAGCAGGUUGUGGACCUGAAGGCAGAGGGACUAUGGGAAGAGCUGCUGGAUGAAUUUCAGCCUGAAAUAGUCAUCCAAGACUGGUAUGAGGAGAGUCAGUUGCAUACGUCCAUCUACCAGCUGCAUGUAAAGCUGCUGGGUGCAGACAAAAGCACAGUGAUCUCCGAGCACACCGUCAACCCCACCGAGGACUGCAGUGUUUACUCACACACCUGGAAAGAGGUGUCGCAUGUGUUCUCUAAGUAUGGACCUGGGGUGAGAUACGUCCACUUCCUGCACCGACUGAAGAAUCAGUUCCUGAUGGGAUUCUACUCCACAGUGUUCACCGGCAGCUCAGUGGUCAUCAGACCAGUCAAAACCAGCUCCUAGGCUGAACCCUUCUGAAAACCUGGGACGCAAGUAGUUGCUAACACACUCAAUCUAAUCAGCCUGAUCAACAUGUAUUUGCUUUCACACUUAUUUACAGGUUUUAUUUGAAUGCACUAAGGAACAUAACAAAGUGUUCAGCCAUUUAUCUAUUUCUUUUGUUUUUAAUGCCUAUUGUUAAGGAUGCUUGAAAUUAAAGUAUAAUUAAUAUCAUUUUGCAUUUUGCUUUAAGGGGGGGGGGGGGGUGGAAUUUGGCUUUUUGUCCUAAUUUUACUCUGAUGUAUAAUAAAGCAUAUCAUUUCCUCAA